CUCGUCUCCUGCCGAGCAAAAAGAGCAUCAUCGGUGCCACGGGUUCGCGAGAAACAUCUGACGCGAAUAUCCUCGAGAUGCGGAGGUUAGCCUGACCUUAAGCCCCUUCUCUUAACAUCCUUCUUGAAAUCGGUGGAAGCUCCAUCCGUUCUUUCGCCAAGCCAAGGGACCACAAGCCAGUGUUGUAACCAUAAAACAAACAAGGGAGUAGGCAGAGAUCGAUCGACCGACAGCUGGAGCACGGGACAAACAAACGUUACAAUGGAGGACUGUUGAUUAACCGAUUCGAACCACUUGCUUCCAUGGAAGGGAUCGUCGGCGGUACGUACGAUCGUCUACCAAACCUUCUAUAAAAAACCCUUCUAUGUAUCGAUAGAACGUCGAUGCACACCUCUCGACAGUGCACACCUCUUAGCUUCGAUCUCUUCCAAGUCUAAGAGAGAAAGAAAGAAAGAAAGAAAGAGAGAGAGAGAGCUUUCGGAAGAGUAACCGAACGAACCGAGUAACGAUGUAAACCUUAGCAGGAUAUUACAGAUCGAUCGUUCCCUCGACAUCCGUUGGUGAUCGAAUCGAAGAGAUGCCUAAGCAAGUGCCAGUGGAGAACUUGGUGAUCCCGCCGCAGGACGGCCGGAUAUGCGGGACGAUUUGCAUCUGCCAGAUGACGGCGGUCCUCUCCUCCGUCGCCCUGGUCUACCUAACGGUGGCCAUCUACAUGCCGAGCACAAGGGCGUUUCAAUCGGGUAUAAGCGAGGUGCCAGUGAUGUGCACGACGAUACGCGCUGUGAACGCGGACAACUGUGAAUGGGGUAGCUGCGGGGAGUGGUGCCUGUCGAAAACGUCCGGCCCGUGCGUCCAGAUCCACGUGAACCUUCGUAGAAACGGUUCCACGAUAUUGUUGGCAAACUGCACAAACACGACGAACAAGACUUGUUACGGGAUCGAUCAGGAGAACGCGAAGAAAUCGAAAUGCAUAGCGGACGAGUGUCGCAAUCUGACAGGCACGUUCAAUUGCUCGUCGGGGGUGUGCAUCAACAUAACGGACGCGUUCGAGUGCAUAUUCCACGACACCGACCCACCGAUGAAGUGCUCGGGUAGACGCGGCAAGAUAACCUGCAUAGACAUAGACGGCCUGUUCAAUUGUAACCGUGGGACGUGCGAGCGUAUCAGGACGCCGUACAACUGCGACCGUAGAUGCGUCGACAUACCGACAAGGAACAAGAACAUGAUCCUGAUGACAGGCGACAAGGUUUAUCUGAGCCAGUGCGAGAGAGCUAUAGACGUGCAGACGAAUCGGGAAAUAUGGCACGAGGAUCGUGGGGACGUGAUGAUGGCUUCGUGUUACGGGAUAUUCAACUCGACCCUCGGUGUCGAGGCUGUCGAUUGCAUCAACGGCUCCGUGUUGGAGAAGGAUCUGCUCACCGACCUCACCAACUUCACCUACCUCUCCUAUCUCAACAUAUUCGCCACGAAACCGUUGGACGAGACAAGGAUGGUCGCGCCCCCUGAACAGGAUCUCAUCAUCGCGAACGAGAGCCGUCUGUUGAUCAAUCUCGAGGGUUGCGUCAACACUUUGAGGGAGGAGUGCAAGGAGUUCCUUCACGAGUAUGGGAAGGACGGGUCGGAUCAUAACGCGCGAGCUAGAUUCCCUUGCUAUUACGCCGAGAGUAACACGGGGAUCGUUGUUUCCCGUUUCAAUCUGGAGAACACGUACAAGGAGUUCCUGAUCGCGUUGCUGUUGCCCAGCAUAUUGUUCGUGGUCAGUUGCCUGACGUUGAUCUUUUGCCAGAAGACGGUGGUCGUUGGGGACGACGCCAAGAUGAGAUUCAAGGGCACAGUUGGAGCACUCUCGUCCAUGGAGAAGAGCGCUUCGGGUAACCUGGGGGAUGCUGGCGGAGGAAACUCCGCUAUGGCGCUCUGAGAUCCGUCACGCAUUCCCCUCCUGGAGGAGAGUCCGGCUCGUCAGUCGAUAUUCUCCCUGCGCGGGCAUUAUUAAGGUGUGGGGAGGGGGGGAACGCGUGGUUAAAAUUCUCAUCUUGCAAAAAAAUACAAAAACUACAAAACAUUCCAAUACUUUUGCAAAAAGCGCGAAACUAUCUUUGAACAAAAAAAUCAAGUAAAAAAGAAAAAAAAAAAGAAAGAAAAGGAGAAGAAGAAAGAGAGAGAGCAAGCGGUCAAGAACAAGUACCAGAAAAAGAAAAAAAAAGGAAAAAAAAAAAGAAAAAAAGAAAGCAACAAGAUUUUUUCUACUCGCACUGCCUGCACAGAAAAAAAAAAGAAGGUAAAAAACAAACUUUCGAGAGCGCACGUGCUUUUUUCUCAAAAUAUCCGCGUCGCCUGGACAACAAACAGAGCGUGCGCGGAUGAAUCGCUUCGAAAAGUUCGUACGACGCAGCUCUCGCCUGUCUCUCUUCUGCUGACAAGAAGAAAAAGGAUCCUGAAUUUGGACGAUCGACCAAUCAUUUUUCGGAA